AUGGGUUUGGUAAGGUCCAUUGGAGUCUCAAGCAGAUUAGAUGAAUCACUAGUUGGAGAGCUGGAUAAUCGAGCAGAGAGUAAAGUGAAACAACUGCAAAAGAAUGGUACGAAGUCCCCGGGCAAAGAUACAAGAGUCGGUUUACGAUUCCAACGAAAUCAUGAGACACAGUUUGCCAGGAUGGAAUCCAUAGAUACCUGUCAUUUGACCACACCAAAGAGGCAUGCAAAUGAGGAACAAGGAGCGAAUAAGAAACGGAUCAAGAGGGAACCACAAUCACCUUCACAGAUCAGUGAAAUUACAAAGCGUAUACGUCGAUUGAGGAUAAAGAAUAAUCAUGAUAAUAGUGCACAUGUGAGAGAAACUAAACUAACGACCCAGAGACCAAUGGAGCCGCCGAAGCUCACGAGUAAUAAUCCUGCCAAAGCGUCAAAAUCUGUGUUCGAUCGACUUUAUGCGCCAAAGACCAUACCGAAAUCGACUUCGUUGAAACAAGUGAGAACGCCGCCUAGGACCUUAAUCAAGAGUGAGACAAAUAAGACGCUGGCGCGACCCACUUGGAGAUAA